CCUUUAGGGCUCCGGGGUCCGCUGAAGUCACCUAAACAGACCUAAACGGUAGUAAAGCUCUAGGUACUCCAGCGGCUUCUUCGUUAGUUAAUCAGGCAGUUUAGGCGACAACUCUUUCCUCGGGGCUUUUUACUUGCAUCACUCUGACCCGUCCAGACUUGCUUAGGAACUUAGGAACUUGUGACUUGAACAAACGACAUCAAUUUCCUCCCUUCUACUCUUUCCGUCUCUCAUAAUCCUCAUAAUCAGCCAAUUUCAAACCAACUUCCUCAAUCCAACCACAUCUGGCGUUGCGUGUAUCUAUAUCACGCAUACCUCUUUUUCUCAUUUGUUUUAUUUAGACACCCGGUUUGUGUUUUUCCCGCUGCCAGCCGACCCCAAAUCAGUUCAGAUUCUUCCUGCAGGGUCCCUCAACGUGAGCGCGCUUCGCGAUAUCACCUUUCGGCUGUAUCCAGUAUCGUCCUCGUCAUCGUCAUCAAUCCUCCAUUCUACGGCCUAAAGUCGACAUAUCACCCAACGUCGACCCCCCCUCCGUUUAUCAACAGUCCCAACCGACUUUCCCCUUUUCCAACUUUAUUUUCCUUCAGCCGAUAUGCCGGGGAAAACGCCUCAUUCAAACGGAAAAGAGCCGGUCGAGAACGGCAUCAGGAACAACCAGGACGUCGACAUGACUGACGAGAAGUCCUCGCUCAAGGGAAAGGGCAAGAAGGGUGUCAAGGAAGGCGAAGAUAUGACGGUUGUCGUCCCCCCUUCGAAGACCACAAAACAAUCUUCUCAACCACCUCCGCCUGACGCUGACGGAGACAUCGAAAUGGAUGUGGAUAAGCCGGAGGAUCUCGAGGUCAAGGUUGACCCCGUCACCCAGGCCAUCACAGAUAUUAAGAGUAAUUUCGCCCUCCUCGACCGUGCAGUAGCUCUAUUCGACGCCAGAUUCUCGCUACGGGCUUUAAGAUCCAUCUCUUCCCUCAGGAAGCGUCUCACACCAGAUAUCCUAGCCCAGGUUAUCGCUGAGACUUUCUCGGUUUCGAGCACAUCCGCCAACGUGGCCAAACAACUUCUAGUUGCUAUCGGAAAAGAAGAUGUAUCUCUAGGUCGCCAGCCUAGUUCUGAGAUGGAGAUUGAUAGCGAACCAAAGGCUCCCGCUAAGAACGGAAAUAAGAAGGAGAAUAAGGACGUCAUUCCUGAGAUCGAUAUCUUCCUGAGUAUCCUGAUUCAAGUCUAUCUAUUUGACGCGAAGCAUUUCCAGCAAGGGGCGGAAUUUUCCAAAUAUCUUUCGGAGCGCAUCCACUCUUUGAAUCGCCGAACUCUAGAUUCGCUUUCCGCAAAGGCCUACUUCUACUACUCUCUAUUCUGCGAGCAGCUUGCUCCUUUGCCCCCAUCUCCUCAGUCUCCGAUCGUUGCGAUCCGCCCGACCCUCUUGACUGCUCUCCGGACUGCCGUCUUGCGAAAGGAUAUCGACAUUCAGGCCUCGGUUAUCGUUCUCCUGCUCCGAAGUUACCUACUAACCUCCCACAUUUCUCAAGCGGAUCUCCUCGUAUCUCACACUCAGUUCCCAGAGAAUGCUGCCAACAAUCAGGUUGCACGCUUCCUUUAUUACCUCGGUCGGAUCCGAGCCAUUCAGUUGCGCUACACUGAGGCACAUGAGCAUCUAACGGCGGCCACACGAAAAGCGCCGGCAAGCUCAUGCGCCCUAGGUUUCGCGCAAACUGCGACAAAGCUCCUACUCGUUGUAGAGCUGCUGAUGGGUGAUAUCCCCGAACGGGCUACCUUCCGCGCUUCCAAUAUGGAACAAGCCCUUCACCCAUACUUCUUGCUCGUCCAAGCCGUGCGAGUAGGUAACUUGGAGGAUUUUGAGGUGACGAUCGCUGACCAUGCCGACACCUUCCGCCGCGAUGGGACGUACUCGCUCAUCCUGCGCUUACGCCAGAAUGUGAUCAAGACCGGCAUCCGCAUGAUGAGCUUGAGCUACAGCCGUAUCUCGCUGCGCGACAUAUGCAUCCGCCUGCAUCUUGGUAGUGAAGAGAGCGCGGAGUACAUUGUCGCUAAGGCGAUUCGCGAUGGCGUCAUUGAGGCGACGUUAGAUAGGGAACGAGGUUUCAUGAAGAGCAAGGAGAUUGGUGACGUUUACGCCACCAGGGAACCAGGAGAGGCGUUCCACGACCGUAUCAGAGCUUGUCUUGCGCUACACGACGAGAGUGUGAAGGCCAUGCGUUUCCCCAUGAACCAGCACAGACUCGAGUUGAAGAACGCUCAGGAGGCGCGCGAGCGAGAGCGAGAAAUGGCAAAGGAGAUACAAGAAGGUGACCUGGACGAAGAUGACCUCGGUGGAGACUUCGAGGGAAUGUAACAUAAUUUAACCCGUGUAUUCUGAAAUGGGAAGGACUUCUGGCGCUACGUUUUCCGCCAUUACUGGUUUAUAAUGGGUUAACACGCCAGAACGGGGGAGCCAGCUUAUUUGCAUCGGUGAAAGUUGUAGUUUGGUGACCGAGAGAAGUUAAGAGGCGGCAAUAUCGGCGCGGCCAAAUAUAAACAACGUCAUUCGGCCUAUUGUAAUAGAUAUCGACGGAGAGAAAGCCUCGUUUUGUUGGCUGGGAUAGAAGCGUGUGAGAUAGUAGGUUUUUUCUAGCAAGCCAGGACAGUUAACAGCAAAUUCAAGCGCUGGCUAGGACCGCCCCCGUUUUUUAGCACGCGUCUAGCAAUCACACUGAUAUUGCUAUUAUAUAUUACACGAUAGCUUGUUUGACUUAUGGUUUGCUCUGUGUAAUUGUGUAGUAUGGAUUUGGUCAUGGUCAAGUCUGGAGUCGACGACGCUUUGACAAUUACUCUUGGACUAACUAGAGUCUACAUUAAGGCGGCCAUUUGUUUGUGCUUUGAUACCAUAGCUUUC